GUUCAGAUCGAAAAUAAUUUCGAUAAUAGGUGAUGUUUACAAUACUUGAUACAGACUAGUCUGGUAAUCAUGGUCGUUUUAAAGGUUAUUGUUCUGGUGGUCGUCCUAUUCAUCGCCGUGGAAAGUCAGGACUACACUUGUGACAAUAAUCCUUACAAUAACGGAUGUACCAUCCCUCUUGACCUCGAUAUCCCCUUCAGAAAUUCCUUCCUUCCUGCCUGCAGGCGACAUGAUAUCUGCUACAAAUGCGGGAAUCACGAGAUGUAUGCUGUUCGUCACGGAAGAAAGCGAUGCGACCGUCUGUUCUACCAAAAUAUGCAGUCAAUUUGUAGAAGACGAGGCGGUUUUCGGCGGUUUACCUGCAUGUUAAAUGCUGGUAUUUUUUACUCGUCAGUUCGCGGGCUAGGAAUUGGACGGAUGAAAUCCCGGGAACGUGUUCCUAGCUUCUGUACCCAGAGUUGGGUACGUCCAUGUCUCCAGUAACGUGUUUCCACGUGUCUUCGCAGGUUCCAAUUCUUAGUCACGUGUUUUAUUAAUCACGGGCUAUACCUUUGAACUCUGAAAAUACAUGUUCAUCGACCAUCAUUAUAUAGAUAAUAUGUAAAUUAUUUUUAUCUCAAAUGAUAAAGAAUGCAUUACCUA